UCUGUUUAUUCAGCACCGUCUGAGAGAAGAGUAGAAACAUCAUGACAUCUCUCUGGAUUCUGUCCGUGUCAGCGCUGAUGUGUCAGAUGUCCAUCACUGCGUCUCUUCACUGGAGGAAAGCUCUGUUCCCAUCAGCCUUCAGGGUGAAGCGAGGGACUCCGGCGCUGCUCAACCCCAGCUUCCAGAAAUCAGCGCAGGACGCCGGCCUUCUGUACGAGGUGCUGUGGUCAGGAGGGUACAUGGACGCGGCGGACGGGACGCUCCACGUGUCCGAUCGGGAGCUGGCGUCCGUGAGGAAGCUGGAGCUCCUGGAGGUGCUGUGCGAGGACGUGCUUCCCAGAAGCCUCUCUGAGAUCCGGCGGCUCGGCGCAGAGCUGGAGCGGCGGCGGGGCUCGCUGAGGCCCGAAGACUUCGAGCGCACCGUCCUCACCAUGGCCUUCACCGCUCAGAGACUGCCCCGCACCAGCCCCGGCCACCAGAGGGAGCUGUGGGCCGACGCGCUCCUGAGACUCUACCGGGCCGUCAGAGAAGACCUGCGGCCUGCAGACGACUGACACAAUAUUAGGAUAUUACUUUUAGAUGUUUUGUGAAUACGGGCCUUGAUCAUCACAGCAUUCAUUGUUCAUGGGCGUUUUUCUGAAACAUUUUAGUUAGAGGUUCGCCAACAUUUUUACAUUACAAUUAUAUACAUUAAAUAUUAAGUAAAAGAUGUUUCAGAAAGUCAUGGUUGCAUAAUGUUGCAUAAUUAUAAAAUUGAAUCCCUUUUUAACCCCAACAAAAGGAUGUUAGGAAUGUUGAGAGAUCAUUGAGAUAAUGUUUUCUUAACUAAUCUGCGAUGUUACCUAAUUGUUACUUGAACAUCAUUUUUUUUGGCCAGGCUUCUGAGCGCAGAUGUUAGAGGAAAAACAAUGCUAAAUGCAAAUAAUAAAUGCAGCUGUAAGCAUAUAAUAGAGUAAAAUUAGGUGAUGGCAGCAAUUUAUUUUAUACAUUAUUUAUAACUAUUUGAAAAUAAAUGGUUAUAAAUAUUUUAUACUGUAAAUCUGUAAAAUAAACAGCAUAUUGUUAUAGUAUUUCUCACAAAUAGCCUAAAAAUAAAAUAAAAUCAAAACGCCUCGUUCUCAAAAAAGUACAUUUCACAUAAUACUUACAAUAUAUUUUAUAUUCAUUUUUAACAAAUAUAUAGGUCAAGUAAACAUAUUUUUUAUUCUGUGAUGCUGUUACAGUAUUUCUCCACAGAGAAGCUGUUAAAAACACAAAAUAAAUAAAUUUUAAAAAACCCCAAAAAGGUUCAAAAUACAGUCUAACACUUACAAAUAAUGUUUUUAUUUUCAUAUAGUUGAGGAAGGUUCUUUAGAUUAUUAAAAUGCUCUGUACACUAAGAAGAAAUGUUCGUUCUGAAAGGCUCUUUAGGGGACCAGAGAUGGUUUUCUAUGGCACUGCCGUGAAAACAGCCUUCAUUUUGAAGCGUAGAAUCUGUUUCCCGAAGCAAACCCUGUUGAGAAGCACCGGCUCGCUGGACUUCUCUAAUUACAGAGCGCUCAGAUGAAUAUGAGGCGCAUCUUAAGAACCGUGUUUGCAUAAGUUCACCUUCACAGCGACAGAUCGCACUCUUUGCAUAAACGUGUCGUCUGUGCAGCUGAAGGGACGUGAUGCAGCAGGAGCAGCUCUGGUGUCCUUGCCAGGCCUGUCAUUUCUCCUCAGAUAAUGCAUCUCCUAAUAGAAUCAUUAUCACGUCCUUGACCGUGUUUCCCUGCCAUUUCACCUGGAAAUGUUCCCAGUGGCGCAUCAAAAGCUGCUCUCGCUCGCCUCAAAGCUGCGUUCAGGAGGAAGCGUCGCAGGGAAUGUGACUGAUAUUAAAGCUAAAACUUCACAGUGUCUUCACUGCGUUAAACGAGCCCCCUACAUGAGACCAUAAAGGACUGGGGUCUUCAUUUCGCCUGUGUUUUAUCCAACACCUCAGCAUCUGCCACCUGAGCGAAAGCGUUAAGACACACUUAUGAGAGAUGAUGGUGAUGAACAAACCAUCAUAACCCAGUGGAUCCAGACUCAUGAAUUCUUCCAAAUGUGUGUGUGUGUGUGUGUGUGUGUUUGUCACGUGUCAAUAGCGCCAUCUGCAGGCCACGAAUAUAAUAGUUUUGUGGCAUUAUAAUAAAAAACUUUAUUCGGCUUUUUUCCCGCUUUUCUAAUCAGGUGUUUCUCAGGUUUAUGACACUGAUGUAAAAUUUUGUUUUAUAAAUUCGUUUUUUUUUUUUUU